AUGGCGAUCUGCCCAAAAGGGAUCCUCGUGAUCCUGCUGUUGAACGCGAUAAGAUGCUUCGCGAGUCUGUCCGAAGAGUUGCCGGAGGAGACGAUGCAGGCCUCGAGUUUUGCUCCGCGACCGACAACCCCGACAACGACGCCGAAGACGCCAACUACGACGAUGACUACGACGACUACGACGGCAACGACGACGCCGACGACGACGGGGACGGCGACCACCGCGACAACCACAACGACCACGGCGACGACACGGCGUGAUCUUCCAGAUCGCUGCUUCGUAAAAACCGAACACGGACCUUGCAAGAACUAUGUGCACAAGUGGUCCUUCAACAAAACCGAGGACAAAUGUCACACCUUCGUCUACGGCGGCUGCUUGGGCAACGAUAAUAGAUUCAACACCGAAGAGGAAUGCCUACAUUACUGCAUCGGCGGGCCCAAUCAUACUCUACCGCCAUACAUGGUGACAAAGGGCAGUGUUUUUGUUACAACCAGUGCGACGGUUGCGAGUACGACACCAACGACGACCGUCACCACGGUCAUGCCCACUUACAGUCCAACAAAACCAACGAGACCACCGGUACCUAGACAUAAGAGAGGAAAGGAAUUAACUUUUAUGGAAUCUGGCUACGAGAAAACCUUUAUGUUUGCGCAAAGUAACACUUUCAUUCAAUUAGAUGGCCCUGGAAUAAAAACUUUCCAAUUAAGGCUAUGUCGUGAAAUAUCAUUUAAAUUCCGAACGAAGCUGCCACACGGACUCCUAGUUUACCAUAGCGUGAAAGACCGCCCGGAGCGGCUCGAGCCCUACGCCCUCUACGUGAUCGUGGAGAAAGGGCAACUUAAGGUCGUUCAUGUGUUCGGUAAGAAUUCAACGAGUCUGACCGUUGGCGAGGGCCUUAACCGGGACGAGUGGCACAGCGUUCUUGUGAGAAUCGACGUGCACGGGGCCAAACUCAUCGCCCGGGUCGACGAUAAACAGGCCGAAACCAGCGUCGAAGUCCUCGAGCACAUCGUUAAUUAUGGAGUCUCCGAGGAGCUCGCUUCUGUCGUUUUAAUCGGAGGAUUAAGCUCCGAGGAACGGUUACACGGUGUUAAAUACAUUAUUGAAUCAUUCGUUGGCUGCAUAAGAGAUAUGGUACUGAGUUCAGGGAAGUCGGCCAGUGAUCUUCUUCCCAUUCGACCUCUUAUCGCUACGAAACAUGAGAACGUUAAAGAAGGCUGCAUCGACAAAUGCAGGACAAGGGAAAAUCUGUGUUUUUUGGGCAGCCAAUGCGUUAAUCAUUAUAACAGUUUAACAUGCGAUUGCUUCGGAACGAAAUACGAGGGGGAAAGGUGCGAUGUUUACACUGCUACCAUAUUGACGUUUCGUGGCUCGUCCUACGUGUCUUUUCGCGUUUACGAUUGGAAGGAUCGCGUUCAUUCCUCAGUCAAUAGGAUUAGUCUUGCAUUCAAGACGAAAUGGGACGAUUCGGCACUUUUUUAUGCCUCAGGCGAAAUAGACGGGACGGCUCAUUACGUUGCAGCAUCGAUUCUAAACGGCACCGUAGUCGUCGAAUUAGAUUUCGGCCACGACUCGAGGAUCCGUACUACUCUUGGCUAUCACAUCGCCAUGAACUAUUGGAACAAUCUUACCAUUUAUCAUAAUGUAUCACUCGUCUACAUCAGCUUGAACGAUGAUGUGAAAGUGCUCGAGAUACCUGGUGACAAUUACAAUAUGAUUAUCGACCCUGAGAUUUAUAUCGGCGGUGGACCGGAGCUGCACAAAAAAAAGGGUCUUGUUUCUAAUAAUAAUUUUGCAGGUUCAUUAAAGUAUGUAUUCUUUAAUGAUAAGUCAAUUAUUUAUGAAUUGAAACGUUCGAACCCAAUGGUUCAUUAUAUUGGAGUCCUUGAGCCUGAGUAUUAUGAAGAUGAUGUUGAAGUGAUCCCGAUAACUUAUCCUUUCGCUGGAAGUCAUAUUUGGUGGCCAAUAAAUAAUACCGAAUCGUUAAAAUUGAAUUUUGAUUUUAAAAGCUCCAAACCUAUAGCAGUCGUUGCUUCUGGUGAUAUUAUAAGUGAAAACGGUCCUGGAUAUUGGGAGUUGCGGGUAGUCAACGACGAAAUACGCUUUCAUCUACUUCCUGUAUUGCGUGAAAACGUCACGGUCACGGUUGCUGUUAAAUUUCCAGCAAACACAUCGUGGCAUGCCGUAGAACUUAAUUAUACAAAGGAACAAUUAAGUAUUUUAGUAGAUUAUCGAAAUAAGCAAAGCAAACUUUUUCAAAUGAAUUUAGAACUCGGAGAUCGAGUUAUCAUUGGAAGUGGAAAAGGGAAUGCUGGUUUAGUUGGAUGCAUGAGAGAAAUUUCUGUAAAUAAUCAGAGGAUUGAACCAAGAUAUAUUAUUAAUACUGAGAGAGUAGUUGGAGAAGUUGCUCUUGAUAAUUGUAAAUUCGUCGAUCCAUGUAAGCGACCCAAUACCUGUGAACAUGGAGGCAAAUGUUCUGUAAAGGAAGACAGAAUUACAUGCGACUGUACAGAUACUGGCUAUAUUGGCAAGAAUUGUCAUUUUGCUCAGUAUAGAAAGACAUGCGAGGAAUUAGCCCUGUUGGGUUACACUAAAGAUGAUGUAUAUAGAAUUGAUAUAGAUGGCAAUGGUAGAUUUCCGCCGGCUUUAGUUAAAUGUGAAUUUCAAUCAAUCGAAGAUUCUACAAAAACAAUUGUUGAACACAAUUUACCGUCUCAAGUUGAUGUUCGCUCAAUAACUGAAUCCGACUUUUCCUUCAGUAUUAGCUAUAUACAAUUUACAGCGGAAAUGCUACAGGAAUUGAUUUCACAUUCUCUAUAUUGUAGUCAAUAUGUGAAAUAUGAUUGCUACAAAGCUCCUUUAGAACUCCAUAGUGCCACGUGGUUUUCCAGCUCUAAAGGAACCACCGUGGAUUACAUUGGAAAUGUGAAUCGGGGCUCCUGUCCUUGCGGAGUCAACAGAACCUGCGUGAAUUCGAAUCUCAGCUGCAACUGCGAUGUAUCAGCUGGCAAAUGGCUGUCGGAUGAAGGAUAUUACGAAACUCCAGAAUCGCUGGGAAUUACUGAAAUGGUUUUCCUUCAACAACGAGAUCUUGAAGAAGAUGCGCAGGGUCGCAUGACACUUGGUCCUCUCGAAUGUGUCGAAACUAACACGCAAAAAUAUGUUGUAACGUUUACAACAUCACAGUCUUAUAUCGAAGUUCCUGGCUGGCGGAAGGGGGAUAUUGCUUUUAGCUUUAGGACAACGGGAGAAAAAGCUAUUCUUUUGUAUCAACCACCUAUACGAAGCAAUUAUCCGUCAUUUAUGGUCGCGCUUACUUCUGAAUACCGACUAACGUUUAAUUUUACCCUUAAUACUGGAACGAUUCGCGAGCUCGAAGUAAAAAGUCGUAGAAAACUGAAUAAUGGAGAGUGGCAAAAAAUUUGGAUAGAUUAUAAUGAUUAUCAUGUGAGAUUCAUGAUAAAUACUGAUUUUCAAAUGGUUGACUUACUUCCGGAGGAAGAAUUCGGACCUUUCGAAGGAUCAAUGUUUAUAGGUGGUGCCACAGCAGAGCAUCUGAAAACAUCGUCGGUUAGUCAAGGAUUGAUAGGUUGUUUCCGGGGUUUAGUGGUAAAUGGUGAAAUACUUGAUAUUCAUAGUUACAUGUCGGUUCACUUGUCGGAAAUUAUCAAAGACUGUAAGCCCUCGUGUCAGCCGAAUAAGUGCCAAAAUAAUGCCCGAUGCGUCGAGCUGUGGAGCAACUUUACAUGCGUCUGUGAAAAUAGAUGGGCCCACUUGGGAACUUACUGCGAAACGAAUAUCAAUAAUAAAGCUUUGACAUUCACAUCACCUGGAGCUUUUUUAAAAAAGAAUUAUUUUGGCUCGAGUAAAGAGGAGGAAGAGAAAACACUUUUAAAGAGUAUGUUGUUGAAAAAUAUACUCAUAAACUUAAGAACUUACGACAUGCACUCGCUGAUAUUAUAUGCAAAUGAUCAUUUAAAUAAUUUUGUGCAUUUGUACAUAUCUAAUGGAACGAGUAUCGUUUACUUAUUCAACGCCGGGAAUGAGAUUAAGAACAUUAGCGUCGAAUACUCGGGUGCUAAUACUGGAAUUUCCGUUCAAAUCGCCAUUGUGCGGACUGAAAACAGAACGACAUUGCACGUAAACGAGCAGAAUGUCACUCUUGAUGCGGUACCUCAUCUUCUGGAUACUUACUCGAACAAACCAUGGAUCAAUCCAGAGAAAGAGAUUCUGGCUCCCCAACGUCCGCCAGCUCCUCCAACUGACUAUUUCCAAGUAAAUUUAGGAGGAUUUGAUCCAGAUAAUCUUCUACGUGUGGGAAUUGAGGGGAAUUUAAUUCAGGGUUACAUCGGCUGCCUUCGAGGUCUCAUGAUAGGAGAAUAUCUUGUGGAUUUGCCAAAUUUGGCCAGCGAAGCUAAUCAUGAAGGUAGUAAAGGCGUAUUGCCAAACUGUCACAUGAAGUGUGACACCGUACCUUGUAAGAAUCAAGGAACUUGUACAGAGGAUUUUGGCAAGCAGGAAGCUUCGUGUAAUUGCGAGCUGACUUCCUACUUCGGGGAGCACUGUGCUGACGAGAAGGGUGCUGAUUUUAGCGGUGAGAGCGUUUUACAGCGAGAAUUCAAUUUAGAUGGAGAAGUUAAUCGUAUAAAGGUGCAAUUGGCAUUUUCAACAAACGAUCGGCAACGAACAUCGGCACUUCUACUUCUUCAAACGGAAAAUAAAAGGAGCUAUUAUCUGUUAGUCGCCCUAACAUCGGAGGGCCAACUUAUUUUCGAGGAAGACAGGGAAGGCUCGGCUUUUGGUGUACGCCUUAACGAUAGAACGUUUUCAAAUGGAGCCCGUCACAGUAUUUAUUAUGUCAGAGACAAUAAUACCGCUACAUUAUUGAUUGACAGAGAACAAGUGCAAUUAAUGCCUAUACCAGCGUUAAGUUUGGGCGAGGACGAAGACGAUGAAGACGACGACGAUGACGAUGGUCCUGGAACAACGGAAAUUCAACUCGGCGGAUUAAAUACGACGGACAAGAGAUUCAGAGCCUAUAAGGGUUAUACGGGAUGCCUAAGCAAUGUGGUAAUUUCGAUGAAUGGUGGUGUUGGCAUGAAACCUCUCGAAGAGUACAUGUUAUUUACGAAAAAAGGAAGCGAGACGGUACGAGUAACCGUCCCGGCUGGAGUACGAAGUGCACAAUGCGCCGUCUUUCACACGCAACCACGUGGACUGGAGCCACCGAAAAAUGACAGCGUGAAUCGCGAGCGCUCCUGGGGCGAGGAUCCACCGAUGCGCAUUCGCUACAAGUCCCAUUAUUCGGACGCGACACAGGAGGAGCAGGGUGCGGGCACGUACAUCUUCAUCGUACUCGUCUGUCUGGCGUUUGCUGUUGUCGGCUGCUUGGGUCACCUGUGGUGCCGCUCGCGCAAGGAUCGGAAACGUCAAAAGCAGCAGCAACGUUCGCGUUCGGGCUCCUCGACCUCGAACUCGCAGCGCUGGCCCGGCUACGGGCCUGAUCUCACAGGCCCUGCGCCCCUCGGCUCCACCCCCAAGACCGUCGGCUUCAAAAACGUUGACGGCACGGAGGAGAAGAGACCCAAUGGAACACACGCGAGUAAAGUCACAUUGGCUGGUUCCAACUCAAAAGAGUACAAGCCCGUGGCCAAUUCGGAGCCCAAAAUGGAUCAACUGUACGACAGAAGGAGCCUCGGUAAAGCAGAGGAGGAAGCUGAAAAGAAGGAGCUGCUCGGGGUAAAUACAGGCCUCGUCUCUAAACCUGCGAAACCGAAUCCAUUUUCAAUGGAGGACUUGAGAGAAGAGCCGGAGCUCGAGGAAGAGGAACAGAACGAGGAAGAAGAGGAGGAAGACGAAAGCGAGAACGAAAUGACGAACACGGAAAUUGUCAUCAAGGCGAACGGGAAACUGGGCAUACCGAAAAGUCCAACGCUGGUAAGGGGCGCACGUGUCCCAAAACCGCGGAACGGUAGUCUCAAAAGUGCCCACAAGGCCUUACUGCAGACGAAUUUCUCGGUGACCGGUCUGAAUGAGAUUAAGACCGAGCGCAUACCUACCGACCGCGACCCUCAUAUUGUGUUGCAAUGCGAUGUUUCGCCCGGGAGUAACAAUUGCCCGCCCACCCGGCCCGUAAGCCUCCACUUGAGUAGGACUUUUACGACAUUCAAACCGCCCCGACCGGGUAGCAUGCAUGUAGAGAAGGUCACGGCUAAGAUACUUGACUCGCCAAAUACCGACUAAAGCCCUACCUCCUAUUAACUUUCCCUGUUGUGGCGACUAGCUGAGAGGCGUUCAAGUGGCGCGGUGCUUCGCUAACUUCAACACUUUCCAGCUUUGAAACGCUUAUGUGAAUUUUCAUAAAUAAAACAAAAACAAAAAUAAAUAACAAAAAUAUUACUUUUACGUUAUAUAGAGAUAUAAAUUGCGUACCAUUGAUUGACUUGUCAAUCAUAUUUAUCAAAGUUAAUCUUAAGUUUACCGAAAAGGCUGAAGUGUUUUCAAUGUGUGCAUCGCGUUUACUUUAAAUAAGACUUUAAGUGAAAACUUUAUAAAUAAUCGGCCAAGUAGAUUUUCACUAACGUCAUUUUUCAUCAUUACAAUCAUAUUAAACAAAAAAACAAACAAAAAUAAAAAACAAAAAAAAAAAUUCCUAAUCGAAUACUAAAUGACACUUUUUCGAUGAAUUUCGAUUUUCACAAAAAAUAAGUUAAUAUUUUAUGAGAUAUACAAGAAUUGUAGAAUAUUAACGCUUACUGCAAAUUACCUCUUGUUCGUCCUAUUAGUAAUAACCCUGGUCAAUUAUUAUUAUUAUUAUUUUUAUGUUUAUUAUUUA